GGAUUUAGCGUGUACGCCAUGGAAGUACGGUCCUCGUCUUCACCCUGAAAGGCUCAAAGCUCGUACUCCUCAUGUCGUAAGAUUCCGUUGUCAGCGGAUGGCACAUCGAGCUCGGAAUGUGGACGAUACUUAGCGUCCCCGAGAAUGCAAGAAGAGACUUAGAGCCCGGAACUGCGGCAUUCCAGCCACAUCACGCUUCGCUGUCCCGAAUUAUUGCGUAAUCCCGAAUCCCAAAGUAAUCCCACCACCGAUUGCCUCGAGUUCGGGACAUAAAUUCUUCGAGCAUUCAUUCCCCCAUGGCCUCCACAGACGCACAUCACUUCAACCAAGCGUCGAAGUUGAACGGCCAGAUGGUGAAUCAUAGAACACUGAAUUGUAUAAUCUGAUUAAGUACGAAAAUCCGCGAGGGACAUUGGCAGGAGGUUUUCCCGUCCACCCUUCGGAGCUCUCGAGCUCGGCCGCCCUCUGGCGAAUGGAGAGAUCUCCAAUCUAUGGCACGGCCCGGAAUGCCGAUGGCUCUUUCUUCUGGCUCGGUUGGCACGACGUCGAGGUCGACGGUGGACGAGCGCAGAAGGAUGAUUGGCGAAGAAGGAGAAGGACGAUCGGAUGUUCCAGGGAUAUGGAAUUGCCAUUUACCGCUGGUCGAUCCCAGGCUGCGAUGUCGCUGUCGCUGCUUUUUUGCGCGGCUGUAUCUGCAUCUGUACCCGAUGAAUCUUGGAUGAAUGCUGGAAUUUGAUCACAUGGUGGUGGUGGUGGUGGUGACCCGAGCGCUUUCCUUCACAGCCGCCGCCCUAAGACGCCCUCGUUCGGCUGGGCAUGCGACUCCUCUCAUGGCCGGGCGAUUCGCGGAGCGGGGACAUCGGAGUGGAAAUAGAGUCGGAAAUCUAAGGUCUGCGAAUCUGGCUGGAGCCUGUGCAGUGAAGAGAAAUGGCCCCGCCGGGUCCCGUUGUCGAUGCAGUGGCCACGGGAGCUUCGAGCGUGGGCAUGGCGCCCGUAGAAGACGAGAGUGGCUAUGCAGGCCGACGAGCUCGUGGUGGCACCGGACAUUGGAUGAGAAGUGCUUGUCUCGGCUGCGAGAGUUGCUGUCGGAGGAAAAGCCAGAGCCAGCCUCGUGGUGUCGGAUCUGGGCUGCUCCAGCGGAGCCGACACCAUCGACAAUGUCACUUCCAUCGUCAAGAGCUUGAGGCAGAGGUUCGAGGAAUCGAGGCGUGAAGUUCCGGAAUUUCACGUCUUUUUCAACGACCUGCCGUCGAAUGAUUCAACUCGUUGUUCAAGCAGCUGGCCUCCGCCUCUCGUCGCCAUACCAAGGAGGACUUCUACGCUGCGGGCGUUCCCGGAUUCUUCCACGAUCGGCUGUUCCCUCACUCGUCCGUCGACAUCUUUCUGGCAUCUCAUUGCGUCCAGUGGCUCUCUAAGGUUCCCGAGACAGUGACGGACAAGGCCUCUGCUUGCUACAAUGGCACACGGAUGUGGCUGAAUGGAGCUCCACCCUGCGUAGUGGAGGAAUUCAGGAAGCAGUCUAUGGAAGACCUGAGAAACUUCUUGGACUCCAGGGCGGAGGAGUUGGUGACAGGAGGGCUAAAAUUUAUCAUCGUGGUGAUAGCUGGAGAUGGAGAUGGGUUGUUUGCGUGCGACAUCCCGGAUCAUUGCAGUACUCUCAGCUCAUGGAAUUUGCAUGGGAGGAGUUGAUUUCAGAGCUCGCAGGCCUGCACAAGGAAGGUCCGGCCGCAGCUUGAACUGACAGGUGUAAGAUUUGGUCAGGGCAUCCUCACGGAGGACUCGGGAUCUUCAUCUUCAUUCAACUUUCCGGUAUUUUUCCGUGAUCCAGAGGAAAUGAAACUCCUCAUAGAAGAGGAAUAUAGAGAUAUCUACCAUAUCUAUAGAGAGAUUCGAACGGGUCGAGUUGCUGGAAGAAGACUACUCGCAUGCCAUCGACUCGGACUUCGUCUGGACUAC